UUGAAUUGUAGAGAAGAAAGAAAUAAAUUACUUCUACUUCCAGUACCUCAAAUGAGUACUUAACUAAAUGUAUUUCAAUCAGGAGAGACUUAGUCUGUAGUUGAUAACAUCUUUAUUGCCGUAUGCACAACAGCGUUUUGGAGAUUAGACCCCAUCGUCCUGUGAUGAAUUAAGGGGGAGGAGAAGCCGACUAGAAAGAGAACCCCCCCCGGGGUCUAGACACUGGUGGUGCUAAGGCUGCCACCAUGGGCACCGCGUCGUCCCUGGUCAGCCCAGGAGAGGUGAUAGAGGACGGGUAUGGAGGUGAAGGAGGGGAAGCCUGUGUGAUCCCGGUGGAGGUGAAGCCCAAAGCCAGGCUCCUCCGAAGCUCCUUCCGCAGAGCGCCUCGCGUGAUCGGGGCCAGCUUCAAAUCCACCGGCUCUGUGGAUCUAGAGUACGCUGCUGAGUAUGAGCGACUCCGAAAAGAGUAUGAAAUCUUCCGUGUGAGCAAGAACAACGAGAUAACAUCCAUGCAAAAGAAGGAGGCCAAGCUGGAUGAGGAGAACAAGAGGCUGAGGGCUGAGCUACAGGCUCUGCAGAAGACCUACCAGAAGAUCCUAAGAGAAAAAGAGAGCGCUCUUGAGGCAAAGUACCAAGCCAUGGAGAGGGCUGCCACCUUCGAACACGACAGGGACAAAGUCAAACGACAGUUUAAGAUCUUCCGGGAGACAAAAGAAAAAGAGAUUCAGGAUCUCCUGCGGGCCAAAAGGGACUUGGAGGCCAAACUGCAACAGCUACAGGCUCAGGGAAUCCAGAUCUAUGACUUAAAUGAUUCUGACUCAGAUGACAACCAAACCACUGUCACAGCUGCAGGGACUCAGUGUGAUUAUUGGUCAGGUGGGGUGCUGGGAAGUGAGCCCUCUAUGGGCAGCAUGAUGCAGUUACAGCAGACCUUCAGAGGACCUGAAUUUGCCCACAGUUUGAUAGAUGUGGAGGGACCCUUUGCAAAUGUGGGCAGAGAUGACUGGGACGCUGCCGUGGCCAGUCUGCUUCAGGUGUCCCCUCACGUGCCCCAGGCCUUAUGGAGUAACACCGUGCGCUGCUACCUCAUCUUCACCCAGGAGACCAAACCUGAGCUGGAUGUCUUUAUUAAGAAACACUCCCCUGUGUUACGGAGGAUGUGCGAGGGUCUCGGCCAUUUCUACCUGAACGUGUGCUUCCCAGAGGAAACCGCUGCCUCCUACGAUGUGGAGCGAAAGCAGGAGAUUGAAAGGAGCUCUGUGUGUGUGCUUCUAGUCAAAUCUACUGUAACCAGCUCUGUGGUGGAGGAUUGUGAGGAGGCUUUUGUGAAGAAUCCAGACGGCCAUCCACUGGUGCUCUACCUCAGGACUGAAGAGGACCACACUCUGACCGGACCCACCAGACAACUGCUAGAGAGAAUUAACGCUGCAGACAAGGCUGCUAAAGUCAAGGUGGUGGAUCACCGUGGUUCUGCAGAGGAGGGGGCUGACCUCAUUUAUUCUCAACUGGAAAAAGUCAUCAAACAGGAGCUGCUGUGUCUUGAAGGGGCAGAUGUUGACUCUAAGGACUCUGGGAUAGAUGAGGGGCGUGAGGAGGACUCGGGAGACGUGCUGUGGGACCUGCAUGACGAGCAGGAGCAGAUUGAGUCCUACCAGCAGGCCUGCAGCUGCACCUCCUCCCAGCUGGGCUUCCAGAAGUAUAUAGACCGUCUGAAUGACAUGAUAGCUGCUCCUCCUCCCACCCCUCCCCUGCUGGUGUCAGGUGGUCCGGGCUCAGGAAAGUCACUCCUGCUCUCCAAAUGGAUCGAGCAGCAGCAGAAGCAGUCUCCCAACACCUUGUUUCUUUAUCAUUUCGUCGGUCGCCCGCUUUCCACCAGCUCCGAGCCGGUGCUCAUCAUCAAACGCCUCACGGUCAAACUGCUGCAGCACUUCUGGUCCAUAUCCGGCCUGUCCAUGGAGCCCAGUAAGAUCUUAGAGGAGUUUCCCCGCUGGCUGGAACGAUUAUCAGCACGCCAUCAAGGAAACAUCAUCAUUAUCAUCGACUCCAUUGACCAAAUACAGCAAGCAGAGAGACACAUGAAGUGGCUGAUUGACCCUCUUCCUGUCAAUGUGAGAGUGGUGGUGUCUGUCAAUGUAGAGACGUGUCCUCAAGCGUGGAGGUUGUGGCCCACUCUACACCUGGACCCUCUGAGUCCCAGAGAGGUGAGGAGCGUUGUGAAUGCAGAGUGCCAGAGCAUGGAACUCAAACUAACCAAGGACCAGGAGAAGAAGCUGGAGAGGCACUGCCGCUCUGCCUCCACCUGCAACGCAUUGUAUGUCACACUGCUGGCAAGAAUGAUCAUCAGCAGUAUAUCCGGCUGCUCUCUGGAGAAGAGCCUGGAGCAGUGUCUGCAGUGUCAGGACACCAUGUCUCUGUACCGCCUGGCUCUCAAGAUGACGCUGAACUCCCUCAACACAGACAGGGAGCGACACAUCAUGAGAGAGAUCCUAUGCCUCGUUUGUUCUAGCCAUAAUGGAGUGAGUGAGUCAGAGGUGUUAGACCUUUUCACAGAGCUGGAGCUGCCGGUCCUGUCCUCUCUGCUGUACCGUCUGAACAGACUCUGCAUCGUGACCCUGCGCUGCGGCCUCAUCAGGUUUCAACACCUGCAGGCUUGGGAAGCUGUAAGGUUGGAGUUCCUGGGUGGAGGAAGUAGCUCGGCUGCUUACAGAGAGAAACUCAUUCAGUACUUCAGUCAGCAGCUCAGCCCGGACCGUGUGACGUGGCGUGUUGCAGACGAGCUGCCCUGGCUGCUCCAACAGCAGGACGAUCGGACCAAACUACAGCUCAGCCUCCUCAACCUGUUUGUCUCCCAGAACCUCUACAAGAGGGGUCAUUUCUCCGAGCUGCUAGCCUAUUGGCAGUAUGUGGGCAAAGACAAGAGCUCCAUGGCCACGGAAUACUUUGACUCCCUGAAACAAUAUGAGAAGAGCUGUGAGAAUGAAGACAGCAUGACCAAGCUGGCCAACCUGUACGAGACUUUGGGACGUUUCCUCAAAGACCUCGGCCUCCCCAGUCAGGCGGUAGCACCUUUACAAAGGUCCCUGGAGAUCAGGGAGACGGCCUUGGACCCGGACCACCCCAGCGUGGCUCGCUCGCUGCACCAGCUGGCCGCGGUUUACGUUCAGUGGAAGAAGUACGGCAACGCUGAGCAGCUGUACAAGCAGGCGCUGGAGAUCAGUGAGAACGCCUACGGAGCCGAGCACGCCAGCGUAGCACGAGAGCUGGAGUCCCUCGCCAUGCUCUACCAGAAACAGAACAAGUACGAACAAGCAGAGAAACUGAGGAAGAGGUCAGUAAAGAUCCGUCAGAAGACUGCUCGCCAGAAAGGCCAUAUGUACGGCUUCACGCUGCUGAGGCGCAGAGCUCUGCAGCUGGAGGAGCUCACUCUGGGAACAGACUCUGCAGACUCUGCCAAGACACUCAAUGAACUGGGUGUUCUGUACUACCUCCAAAACAACCUGGAUGCUGCUAAGCUGUUCCUGACCCGCUCUCUGGAGACCCGUCAGCGCGUCCUCGGUCCGGACCACCCUGACUGCGCUCAGUCCCUCAACAACCUGGCCGCUCUGCACACGGAGAGGCGGGAGUACGAGACGGCCGAGGACAUGUAUGAGAGAGCGCUGGACAUCCGGAAGAGGGCUUUAUCCCCGGACCACCCGUCGCUGGCAUACACUCUCAAACACCUGGCCAUGCUCUACAAACGCAGAGGGAAGCUGGAGAAGGCCGUGCCGCUGUAUGAGCUGUCUCUGGACAUCAGGGAAAAGAGUUUUGGGCCCAAACAUCCCAGUGUGGCCACAGCACUGGUCAACCUGGCUGUGAUCUACUGCCAACUGAAGAACCACAGUGACGCCUUGCCUCUUUACGAGCGAGCGCUGAAAGUGUAUGAGGAUAGUUUGGGACGUUCGCACCCACGGGUCGGAGAGACCCUGAAAAACCUGGCUGUGCUGAGCUACGAAGAGGGCGACUUUGAGAAGGCGGCAGAGCUUUACAAACGUGCGAUGGAGAUCAAGGAGGCGGAUCCGUCGCUGGUGUGCGGGAACGCCCCGUCCCGCCACUCCUCCAGCGGGGACACGUUCAGUCUGAGAGGACCUGCCCCCCUCCCACAGGCCCCCAGGUGACUCUGUUCAGCCACACCUGCCACGGAAUAACAACAAAGAUUGACCCAUGGUUUCAAACUGGGAACCAUUCUGGUCAAUACGGUGUGGUUGGUGUUUCUCAAUGUCGAGGAUGCUUCCUUGGUAGGACAAGUCUUCCGAGUCAGGUCCUUUAGAAGCUAGGCAAGAAUCCUUCCUGGCAUUCGGAGAACGAAGAAUGGAACAGGCGAGCAAGUGUGCGUCAUAUCAGAGGCCCCGCCUUACAUUUUCCGCCACAGAUUUUGGAAAUUGGUCCGUGCGCAAAGCAUUGUGGGGAUUUUAAGACCGCGGAGGAUACACAUGUGCAACUUCGAAAUGUCUCUCUACGAAGGACACCGGGCUCGGUAGAAUUCCAAGUAUGCUGGACAUUGGAACAGUCCUUCGGCGGCACUCGAUGACGUAGCAUCCUUGAAAUAGUGGCUCUGGAGCAUCCUUCCUUGACAUUGAGAAACACCCGUUGUUCUCAGAUGAAGGGUUAAAGGGUUCGGUCAAUUAGACUGCAACCUGGUGGAAGUGUCGCCUAUUAAUCUGUGAAACCUGUGUUUUAACUAAGUAUUUAUUAUUAUUUACAACUUCAUCACAUGUGUAGGAAACCUCUGUUAAAUCUGUCCUUUCUAAAUGGAACUCAGGUUUACUCUUAUAGUUAAUUAAGGCACUUUAAUAUUAUAAAACAAUUAAGGAACCAGGAUCAUUAGGUGCUUUCCAAUGUACAGACGAUAUCAAUAUAUGCACUUUUUCAAACACCUUAACAUUAAUAUUAAAGGUCACCUAUCAUGCUAUUUUUAGGCAUAUAUUAUGGGUCUCAGAUAUAUAAAAAUAUGUGUUUUUCUCAAAAUACAAACAGAUCAUGCAUUUUAGAAAUCCCUCAUACCCCUCUUUUGCAGCCCUGUUAGAGAAACGCAGAUUUUGGGUCCUUAGCUUGAAAAAGAAAAAAGGAGGAGGCGGAGCUAAUGCCUGAUCAGAAUUCUACCGGAGAUGGUUACAUUCUGCUGUGAUAAAACGCCAUCCUGUUCUAAACCACAUCAAGGAUUAUCUCUGAAACAGCAUGGAGCUCAAAUGCUUUGUCUCUCUCAGGUUUAUCACAAGGUGAGUUCUUUUUGUAUGUCCUGCUUUUUAAACACACAUGCUCUCAGCACAAGUUAGCUCUCAGCACAGGUUAGCUCUGAGUGUUAGCGAGGCUUGCUAAUGUAAACAAAAACGAGAUUACGUCCAAAACACGUCAGGCAUUGUUUCUGACAGCAACUCUCUGUGGGUCCACCAUCCCAAAUGACGUCAUAUCGGCAGCAAAUCUGUAUCCGCUCGUUGUACCCCCGUUUUUUAAAAGAUUUGGGUACGGAGGAAAAGAGAAAGGGUUUUAUUUUCUGACACCUUGAGAGUUCCCCGACACACCGGGGACACAUGUUUAGGUAUAAGAGACAUCAAAAAGUGCAUUUUGCACGAUAGGUCCCCUUUAAAGUCCAGUAAAACAGGGCUUUUCAAGUGUCUUUUGAAUAGAUGAAGUAUGACCUUAAACUGAUGUCUACAUCAGACUGACUGAAAUACUCUGUCGAGCGACUGUCUCUAAGAUCAAAUGUGCACAUUGUGAAAAAUGUGAUUACUUAUAUGCCAUUAUGAUACCAUUUGUUUACAUUCAUCAUGUUUACUUUGCAGUAUUGAGUACAGUAUGUAAUCCAAAAAGGGAACCAAAGAUAGAGCCUCAAACGUGUCUAAAGAGACAUCACCUCUGGUAUUGAGUUUGUUUCAAUGUUUAUGCUUUUAUUCAUUUGCAAUAAGUCAUGUGUAGAUGGUGCCACUCGUAUCAAUGUUAAGUACAAUUAAGAAAUGGUUGUAUGACUGAAUGUACAUGAAACCCAAAGGGACCGUGUGCCAAAACCUUUGCCUCAAUAUACAAAGUGUAUCUUAAGUGUUUUUAUAUAUUCAUGUAAAUCUGUACAGAACAGAAAUCACACACUAUAUCGAGCAGAUUGCAUUCCAUCUAAUAAAUACUUUAUUGAGACUAAA